AUGUCUUAUCCACAGAUUGAUGACAUGGUGACUACAAUGCAAGGCCAGUCCUGCACCGCGAACUGGGACAUGCUUGUCAAUUAUUCUGUCAACGAGCUCAACACUUUGUUGCAACAGAUUUGGCUCGAGAAGAAAAUGCCCGGCGAUACUAUCAUCUUUGAUCUUUCGCUCCCAGGUAUUGAAAUUAUGAAAUACCACGUUGAAGUGACUCUGGCACCACCGAGCCUCUCAUUUGAUCCUAUCGAAACAGGAAAAGCCAUCUUAUCAUUCCCUAUGAGCGGCUUUUACCGCAUUGCUACGAUAAACCCAAACGGUACUGUGACACCAGGAACUAGUACUUUCUUCCCCACAAGAUCCUCCAUGAAGUGUUCAGUCCCAAUUGCGGGCGUGAGUGGCGAUGGGUCUUCGUCUGAGCCCGUAUUAUCUGGUGGGAUCAUCGCGUUUGACCCCACUACCACGUUGCAAUCAUAUGUUGUGAUGCGCUUUCAAAAUACCGCCGACACGAUCUGGACAUCCGUUCCCCCACCCGGCAGUGACCCCAGUGUUUCGACAUUGUUUUCACAAUUCGGUCCUUGGGUGUCGAGCUGGUUUAGCAAUCCUACCAAUGUCAAAGAAAUCGACUUUUCAUUUGCAUAA